AUGGCAUCACAUGAUCCCGACCCCAGACCGUUCAAGUGCGAGACCUGCGGCAAGGGCUUCCACCGGCUCGAGCACAAGCGGCGCCACAUUCGCACGCACACCGGCGAGAAACCCCACCGCUGCAAUUUCCCCGGCUGCGUCAAGCGCUUCAGCAGAAGCGACGAACUCAAAAGACAUCUUCGCACUCACGUGAGCACCUCGCGGCGCAAGAGCAGAAACCGUUCGGGCUCCAGCUGUGCGUCUGACCACCCGGUCGUGGUCCACCAGCUGCCACUCAUCCAGGCCCCCACGGCCUCGCUGCCACGUUUGCAUCCGCUCUGUGUCGGCCCCAUGACGCCCAUGGCUUCUCUCAGCUCUGCAGCUUCCCUGGCAACAACCUUUGCAUAUCCUUCGCCAGCGCUCGCAGUUCCUAAUGCCACCAAUCCGAUGUCCAUAUCGCCUGCGGGAUCCCCCGCCAUUUCGCCUGCUAUGUCUCCGAUGGUGUCGCCAGUCACGUCCCCGAGCUUUGCUACCUCAUCGUCCUCGUCCUCGCAUAUGCUACAACCUGGAAGUCACUCGUUUCUGUCCUCCAAGGCGUCGUUGACAAGCUCCGUUUUUUCCAACUCUGGCUCUGGCAUGGGGACCCCUCUAGCUUCGUCCCCAGAUAUUAGGUCUCAAAAGCCCAGCACACUUAUCCUGCCAUCGUUGCCAACCGCCGCCAAUUCGGGCUCUAUGGCGAGCGGCAUCUCGUUGGAUUCUGCCGUGCUUGAGGGAUCUCUCAAUCUACCCACGGCACGGCCCCAUAUUAAAGGACGCAAUUCUCAGCGUGCCAAGUUCCAGUUGACGGAUGACGAUGACAGUGAUACCAGCCAACAGAAUGAAGUUCGCUUGCCGCCACUACGCUGCAUGCUAGACAAUAUACAGUCGUUCCAAGAGCGCUAA